UCCACGAUGUCCUCCACACACCCCAUGAUGAUGAAGUAUCUGUCUCUGGGAGUUUUGGUGUUGCAGACCACUUCGCUGGUACUCACCAUGCGCUACUCCCGCACUCUGACGGAAGUCGGCCCCCGCUACCUGGCCUCGUCCGCCGUCGUGUUUGCCGAGGCGAUCAAAAUCCUGGUCUGCGCUGUCUUGGUCUUCGUGGAGAAUAAUUACAGUGCGCGAGCCACCAGGCAGCUGCUGAAGGACGAGAUUGUGAGCAAACCCCUGGAGACUGUCAAGCUGGCCAUUCCUGCAGGAAUCUACACACUGCAGAACAAUCUACUCUAUGUGGCCUUGUCCAAUCUGGAUGCAGCCACGUAUCAGGUGACCUAUCAGCUGAAGAUUCUGACGACGGCGCUCUUCUCCGUCUCCAUGUUGGGAAGGAGGCUGGGAAUGUAUCAGUGGCUGGCCCUGAUCCUCCUCAUGGCCGGAGUCACUUUGGUGCAGUGGCCUACGGCGCCCCAGGAAGAUUCGGAGAUGAAGGCGCUGUCUGCCAGCGCCCAGUUUGUGGGUCUGAUGGCGGUGCUGACGGCGUGCCUAUCCAGCGGCUUUGCCGGCGUCUACUUUGAGAAAAUUCUCAAGGAAACCAAACAGAGCGUGUGGCUUCGUAACAUCCAGCUGGGUUUGUUCGGGUUCAUCUUUGGUACAUUAGGAAUGAUGGCGUACGAUGGCCAGAGAGUUCGACAGUACGGAAUCUUUCAAGGCUACAACACGAUCACGUGCGUGGUGGUUUGCUUACAGGCUUUAGGCGGCUUGGUCGUAGCCGUUGUCAUCAAAUAUGCUGACAAUAUCCUGAAAGGCUUCGCGACCUCCAUGUCCAUCAUCUUGUCGGCGCUGAUCUCCUAUUUCCUGCUGGGAGACUUCAACCCUAGCAGAAUCUUUUUCUCAGGGGCGGCACUGGUGAUCACCGCCACAUUUCUGUACGGGUACGAGCGCAAACCUGCCAUCGGUAGUAACGCUGUUAAAGUAUAA